AUGGCGCGAGACGACAACGGAACGGUGGCCAUGCCCCGUCUAGAAGACAUCCUCCGCCACCCCGAAGACCUCGACAAGAUCAUGGGUCUGAAAGCCGAAUACUCGCGCAAGAAAGCGGCUGUUGAUUCUCAGCUACGGGAAGGUCUGCGCGACCAACUAGAGACCGUGCAGCGCAGCAUCAACGCCCUCACAGAAGGCCAGCGACAGGUGUCCAAAACGAAAGACGAGCUACAAGGAAUCGACAAGCUAUGCGCGGAGUCGCAAACAAGCGUGGAGGAUUUCUCACAGAUCGACAAGCUGGCCAAGGUGCAGAGAAAUUUCGAGGCCACGUUGACGAUGAAGAAGGGGCUGGAGGAGUUCAGUGAGAAUCUGGCAGUGGUUGAGGAUCUUCUGCGCGAAGAUGAUGAGGAUCUGGAGAAUCAGCCCAAUUUGCUUAGGGCUCAUAUGCAGAUUUCAAAGCUGCGCGAUUUCAGAGACGAGGCGAUGGAUCAGAUACGCAAGGCGCAGGAUCCGAGUAGUGAGGAGACUUUGGCGGAUUACUUCCAGGGGUUGGAUGGGGUGGUUGAUUGGUUUGAUGAUCACCUUGGUACGGCGUGCAUGAACUUGAUUCCGUUGGUGCAGUCGGAUAACCCUGGGAUGGUGGUCCGGCUGGCGGUUGUGGUCAUGAACGAAGAGAAGAAUGAUCAGACAGUGCGGGCGUUGCAGGAGGCGCAGAAGGAUCACCAGGACCUGGCAGACCGGUUUAAGUCGAUGAAUGUAGGACCGAAGACGGUUCGCGGAUACAAGGAGAAGUUCCUGCAAGCUAUCGAGUUCUACGCGCAGAACCAGUUCGAAGCUACCAAGGAGGACUUCCUGGCCGAGCCGGACAACCUCGACAAGAACUUCCGCUGGUUCUUCAACGACCUCUACACCGUGCAACAAGGCAUGCAGCCGCUGAUGCCGAAGAAAUGGAAGAUCUACAAGACCUACACGGAGAUCUACCACCGCAUGAUGCACGACUUCUUCAUCGGGCUGAUCAACGACCCCGAACUACCCGCCGACAACCUCCUCGCCAUCAUCCACUGGACGGAGAAAUACUACAAGAAGAUGAACAAGCUCGGCUGGAAACAAGCCGACCUCAAGCCCAACAUCCUGGACGACCGCGAACCCGAACUCAUCCGCCAAUGGCAAAACAUCAUCAUCCGCGCCGUGGAAGACUGGACCAACCGCAUCACCGAAACCGACCGCAAGGGACUCGUCGAACGCAUCCCAGACUCCCUCGACACCAACCCAGAAGGUUGCUUCCGCACCAAAACCCUCCCAGACAUGUGGCGCAUGCUACACGAACAGAUCAUGGCCUCGGGCGCCUCCUCCCGCACCGACGUCGUCGAGGGCAUUAUCGACGCCAUGUUCCGCGUCCUCAAAGCCCGCCAAGUGGCCUGGCAAACCCUCAUCGACGAAGAAUGCGCCAAAUACAAAGCCCCCGGCGGCGACCUCCUCGACGGCCUCCAACUCCUCCAGGACUGGCUCGUCGCCGUCGCCAACGACCAAAUUGCCUGCAUCGACGACAACGAAGAAACCGGCCAACUGGGCUACCUCAGCCGCUUCAAACGCGACUUCGAAACCAUCGUCGACCCCAAGUACAUGGCCUCCCGAGCCAUCCCCGAACUCGACGCCCUGCGCGACGGCUACGUCGAUCUCAGCACCCACUGCCUCACCCAAUUCGUCGAACUCAUCUUCGCCGUCGACUUCCGCACCACUAUCCCCGAAUUCUUCACCCAGAAAUGGUACGGCGAUUUCGCUGUCAAACGGAUCACUUCGACCUUCGAAGACUACAUGGCUGAUUACUCUCCCGUCCUGCACCCCUCUCUUACGGAUAUCCUGGUCGAGGAACUCUCCGACGAGCUCCUCGUCAAGUACCUCUCGUCUGUGCGCAACAAGGGCGUCAAGUUUCGUCAUAAUACCGACCCUUACACGGAUAAAUUCAAGGAUGAUGUCCUUACGGUGUUUGCUUUCUUCCAAAAUUAUCCGGAUUCGUUUGCCGGUACGAUUAAGAUGAAGUGGCGGUUGGUGGAUUGGUUGGUUAGAUUGUUGGAGUCGGAGAAGGGCCCUGCUCUCGUCGCUGUGUAUGAGAACUUUAAGACCGAGUAUUGGGAUUUGCAGCUCUCGUGGGUUGAGGCUGUGCUGAGGACGAGGGAUGAUUUCGAGCGCAGUAUGAUUAGUGCUGUUAAGGCCAAGGCGGCCGAGUUGUCGGUUGAGAGGGGCAUGGAGACGUUGAUGAGUAAGGUGAGGUAG